AUGGCCAACUGGGAAGAGCUCGCCCGUGAUCGUCCGACAUGGAGGAGAGCAGUGAAGACGGGCACUGCUAUCCACGAAGCCAACCGAAUCGCCGCCGCCAAAGUGAAACGUGAAGCCCGCAAAUUACCAUCUCGCCCAGUACGUAACGCUGCCGCACAACCGCUCUCUACGUGUCCUCGAUGUCAACGGACAUUCUGGGCACGAAUCGGACUUGUUGGACAUCUUCGGAUCAACUGCACCUCUCGAACUGCUCCAGCCAUCGUCCCCCCGCCCGCCUCUUCCUCGUCCUCUCUGCCGCCAAAUAACUCUGACUCUCCUUCUGCAUCACCACUUCCAUCCCCCUCCUUCUACUCCACUGCCCAAGCGGCGGCCGUUCAGACUGCCGUCUCACACAUCACCAACCCCGACACAAUAACCAACAUCACCUCCACCUCUCCCGCUUCCAGUGAUGAGGAUCAGUACUACACCUGCACUCACUGCGACCGCACCUUCACCUCUCGCAUCGGCCUGGUCGGUCACUUGCGAAUCCAUCGCACAGAGACUGGCGAACAAGUGCCUGGAGCACCAACCUACACUCACCGCACUCGCCUCCACUGCCCACACUGCCCUCGCAGCUUUAGGCAUCGCAUGGGUCUAUUAGGCCACAUGCGCAUCCACGAGAGCGGAAUUGACCGCAGCCUUGACACAUCCACCCCGCCGAGCCCCACUCCCAAUCAAUCCCCUUGUGCACCCACUAACCACUCCCCAGCCGACAUCGACGCCACCGUCCUUACCACCCCUCACUCCUCCCCUUCCUCCUCCUCUUCCGCCUUCACUGCCACAACGACGGACGCUUCGGCGUCUGUCGCCCACGACUUUACCACAGCCGAACCUGACACAACAACAGGCACAACCCCUGCAGCCUCCAUCAUCAGACGUGAGGGUCAGGACUACAUCUGCCCUCACUGCAAUCGCACCUUCACUUCACGCAUCGGCCUGGUCGGUCACUUGCGAAUCCAUCGCACAGAGACUGGCGAACCAGUGCCUGGAGCACCAACCUACACCCACCGCACUCGCCUCCACUGCCCACACUGCCCUCGCACCUUCACGCAUCGCAUGGGUCUAUUCGGCCACAUGCGCAUCCACGAAGACCUGCGGUAG